AUGAAAGCCAAGGCCACGACUGGCGACGUGUCUGCGCUCUUGCUGGAAAAGAAUCAGGAAAAAACAUUCCGUAAGAGUCGCGUCACGGGGACACGCACAAUUGAAGUGGCGCUCGCAGAGAUUCAGAUUAUCAAGCACAAUGUAUACGUUCAGCGUAAAGAAAGGUCGCUGCCAGAGGACGAGAUUUCUAUUUGCUCUUGUAAGCCACCAAGGAACGAGCAUGAGAUGGGAUGUCUUGAUGACUGUUUGAAUCGAGCGGCUUUGGUGGAAUGCAUAGCAGGGUAUUGCAAGAGUGGCGACCAAUGUGAUAAUAUGAGGAUACAGCGUGGUGUCAUGCCUUCUACUCAGCUUAUCAACUGCGGGAACAAAGGUCUUGGAAUGAAGUUGCUGGAAGACAUCAAAGCAGGCUCGUUCGUAAGCGAGUAUAUGGGUGAGAUCGUGACAGAGCAAGAGUACCACAUGCGACGAGUGCUUUACCAUAAUGAGAAACACCGCUACAUGAUGGUGUUAAGCGGCGGUGAAGUCAUUGAUGCUACGCGCAUGGGCGGGUGGGCACGCUUCAUUAACCACAGCUGUGACCCAAACUGCAGAGUAGAGAAAUGGGACGUUAAUGGUGAAGAAAGAUGCGCUAUUUUCGCUCUACGUGAUAUCGUUGCUGGCGAGGAGCUGACGUUCGAUUAUAAAUUCGAGUCUUUUAGCAAAGCCGAAAUAACAGAGUGUCUUUGUGGAGCACCGACUUGCCGGAAGGUGAUUGGAAUGAACAAUCGAGUAGCAAAGGUGAACAAGACGUUCAACAACAAAAAGAUGCAGGGUACGGCGUCGCCUAUUGUAGGCUCGAAAUCGCUUGACCCCGUUAUUGGAUCGAAAUCAAGAUCAGCUCAAGGAGUAAAGAAAGCAGAAGCUCUGAUGCAACGAAUGGCGCGGCAGCGUCUGUUGAGCAGCAGUGACAUCCGCGUACUGCGUCGGUCGCACGUAAUGCUCGAACGCAACUUGACGCAGCACAUGGAAAACGAUUUUGAUCAUUUGGCACUAUUGCCAUACUUUAUCACCAAGCAUUCGUCCAUGAUGAAGCACGCACCGGAAUUGAAACAUGUGCCCGAUUUUUUUAGCUGGAGAGAUUUGCCUCAUUUUCCAAAAAAGGCUCGUCUUCUACCUCGAAAGGCCAAAGUUGCUCGACUGUGUAAAAUCGCCGAGACAUUGCAAGCUCGUCAGAAACAGCAGCAAUAA